GUGUACUAGGAUUGAUGUUGGAGGGAAUCUUUCAUUAAUGCGAGUGAUGUAACCUUGAAUGGUUCACAAAAUUUCUUCCUUUCUGUCAUCUAAUUAUCUCCUGAAUUUCUUCUCAUAACCUCUCCUUUAAAUCUGAUGAUGCGUUUGAGCAACCUCUCAUCACUACACUGAGAAACCAAAGUAAAAGAUUCACAAGAGUGAGCUACACAGAGAUAGUAACGAUGGAUGAUCAUGAAAGCCCUCUUUUGUCCAAGGAGCCAUCAUCGUCAUCAUCAUCAUCCGUGGUGGCUUCCUCGUUUAAAUGGAUUCUGAAAGUUUUAAUGUCCGUGAUUUUCGUUGCAUGGAUUGUUUUCCUUUUUGUGUACCCUGGGAAACUCGGCGAUGGAAUUCUUACAAAUUGGAGAGCUGUUUCUUCCAACACUCUCUUCGGCACCACAGGAAGCAUGUUCUUGAUUUUCAGUGGUCCGAUUCUUGUUAUCUCCGUUUUAGCUUCUCUCUAUCUGAUCAUCUCCGGAGAAGAGAAGGUGUUCGCUAAGAAGAAGAUAUCGAAAUUCCCAAGGUUCAGGCUGUGGACAUUUCCUGUUCUUGUGGAUGGGCCAUUUGGAGUUGUUUCUGCAGCUGAGUUUCUUGUAAUUAUGAUCUUCUCUGUGUUUUUCCUCUGGGCUAUCUAUGCAUAUACCAUGAGGGAUCUUGACCUUCUUGAUCUCUUCCAUGUGCUUCCCGAGGAUAGAAGUAUGCUUCUGUUGGAGAUAACGGGUCUGCGUUUCGGGAUGAUUGGACUCUUGUGUAUGGUGUUUUUGUUUCUUCCAAUCUCGAGAGGCUCCAUUCUCCUCCGUCUUGUCGAUAUCCCUUUCGAGCAUGCUACAAAGUAUCACGUUUGGCUUGGUCAUAUCACCAUGGCUUUCUUCUCCUUUCAUGGCCUUUGUUAUGUUGUUGCGUGGACCGUUCAAGGUCGACUUUUAGAGCUUUUAUUUGAGUGGAAAGCUAUUGGAAUCGCAGUGUUACCUGGAGUUAUCAGUCUUGUAGCGGGUUUACUUAUGUGGGUUACAUCGUUACAGUACGUGAGGAAGCAUUACUUUGAGCUUUUCUUCUACACCCAUCAACUCUAUAUUGUCUUCGUUGUCUUCUUGGCGCUUCACGUGGGUGACUACUUAUUCAGCAUAGUUGCUGGAGGAAUUUUCCUUUUCAUUCUCGACCGUUUCUUGAGGUUCUGCCAAUCCAGAAGGACUGUAGAUGUAAUCUCUGCAAAGAGUUUUCCCUGCGGGACUCUGGAGCUCGUCCUUUCGAAACCACCGAAUAUGCGAUACAAUGCACUGAGUUUUGUCUUUCUCCAAGUAAGGGAACUAUCAUGGCUACAAUGGCAUCCCUUCAGUGUUUCAUCAAGCCCUCUAGAUGGGAAGCAUCAUGUUGCCGUUCUCAUAAAGGUUCUUGGUGGAUGGACUGCAAAGCUUAGGGACCAGUUGUCAAAGCUAUAUGAGGCAGAGAACCAAGAUCAGCUCCUUUCUCCUCUGUCAUAUCCCAAAAUCACAACUUGCGUGGAGGGCCCUUAUGGCCAUGAAUCUCCAUACCACCUGGCGUACGAGAAUCUGGUCUUAGUAGCAGGAGGAAUUGGGAUUUCGCCAUUUUUCGCCAUCUUAAGUGAUAUCCUACAAAGAAAAAGAGAUGGGAAAGCUUGUCUACCAAAGAAGGUUUUAGUUAUCUGGGCAAUCAAAAACUCAGACGAGCUCUCUCUCCUCUCAUCGAUCGACAUUCCUUCCCUUUGCCCUUCUUUCUCUCAGAAAAUAAACCUUGAGAUUAACAUCUAUGUCACAAGACAAUCCGAGCCUCUCUUGGAAGAUGGAAUGGUUCACAAGAUGGUGAAUCCUUCUGUGAAGCCAAGGAGCAACGGGUGUCCCAUGUCGGUAUUAGUUGGUACAGGGGAUAAUAUAUGGGCUGGACUCUAUCUGGUAUCAUCCACCAUCGGGUUUGUUUUAAUGAUCACAUUGUUGGACAUCUUUUACAUAAACAAAUUCAACAUAACGGCGUGGUGGUACAAGGGACUUCUUUUCGUGGUUUGUAUGGUUGCAAGUGUGUUGAUUUUUGGAGGUCUUGUUGUUGUUUUCUGGAAUCUUUGGGGUGAAAAAGCCGGUGAUGUAGAACCAAAUGGCCACGACAAGGUGACUACGAAUGGAGAAGAACUACAUAAUCCAUCUGCGGAACUUAAAGGCCUUAACACAGAAGACGAUAUUCAGAGUUUCAUCACUACUCGUUAUGGCACGAGACCUGAUUUUAAAGAGAUAUUUGAGUCAUUGAAUGAGAAAUGGGGAAGUGUUGAUGUUGGAGUUAUUGUAUGCGGACCGGCCAGUCUUCAGUCUACCGUUGCCAAAGAGAUACGUUCACAUAGCAUCUGGCGAUCCACGAAUCAUCCACUUUUCCACUUCAACAGCCACAGCUUCGACUUGUAACUUUGCUAAAAGGCUGAAGAGAAUUAUGUAAUCAAUCUGUGGAAUGUAAAAGAAAAAAGUAUGCAUAUGUAUGUAAUAGCAGUCUGUAUGUAUGAAGGAUACAGCUAGGGGAAUAUGUGACUUUCUAUUUUCAUGUAUAAUUAUGCAAAUAUAUGAGCUUCUUAUAUUGUACUAUAUGUGGGAA